AUGAGUGACUCACAAACUGUAAAACUUAUUGUUGUUGGACCAAAAAAGAGUGGCAAGAGUGCUAUUUGUAAUUUUCUUAGUGGAUAUAAGGAAUUUUCAAAUGAAUACAGACCAACUAUGGGUCUAAGAAUUUGCGAAUGUGAUAGAGAGAUGCAAUCAAUGGAAAAGGUGUCGGUAGAACUUUGGGAUAUUUCUGGAGAUCGAAAUUUCGAAAAUUGUUGGCCUGCAAUAAUGAAGGACAUGAACGGAUGUAUUAUAGUGUAUAAUCCUUCAAACAUUAAUCAUGUAAAGGAAUUGGAAUUUUGGUACAAGACUUUUGUUCAAAAAAAUGUAAAGGAUGAAAAUUGUUGUAUAUUUGCACAUUGUUUGUCGAGUGAUGAACUAACAAAAGAAAAUCCAAUACCCAAA